UCCUUCCACAUCCCUUUAUCCCCAGAACCUGCACAUUGCACCAUGCACAACACACCCACGUUUGGACCGAUGGGCCUUUAGCUCCUCAAGGGAGGCGCCGUGUGGCUGGAGACACACCGAGCCCUCUCCACAGGGAGAAAACGGGAAAAGGCAUAGAGACAGAAAGGCGCCAGGCGACCCAGAGCCUUGAGGGGGACGGUCAGCCCAGGAGCCGAGGAGCGACCAUCGAGACGCACCUCUGAGACCUCCGAACGUCCUAGAGAGGAGACGGAAGGAGACUUCUCCGUGCGCACCUGUCCGACGGUGUCCGCCCCUCACUUCCUGUCCGCCGAACGCUUGGAGGACCCGGGCGCAGGUUCGGGGCCAAAGGGCAGCGGAUCAGCUGUUGAAGCCAGGUCGGCGGGCUUCGGCCGCAGCCAUCAGCGGUUCGGCUGUGGGACGAGGUACUGCGGGUGGCCACGCGGAUGAGCCGCGCCGCUGUAGGCUCAGGCUCAUUUGUGCUGUCAUCCUCAGUCUUCAGGAGGGAGUAUGAAGAUGCUUAAAGAGUGUCCAGGGAUGGCGGAAGAUCCUCAGCAUCAAAUGGGUGUUCCUGUGGUGAAACUGGAGAAAGAGUUGCUGUGGGGCAGGGGGCGGGAAGACUCCAGUCCUGAGACUUUCCGUCUGAGGUUUCGGCAGUUCCGUUAUCAGGAAGCAGCAGGUCCCCAGGAAGCCCUGAGGGAGCUCCAAGAGCUCUGUCGCCAGUGGCUUCGGCCUGAGCUGCACACCAAGGAGCAGAUCCUGGAGCUGCUAGUGCUAGAGCAGUUCCUGACCAUCCUCCCCCGGGAGUUCUAUGCCUGGAUCCGAGAGCACAGCCCAGAGAGCGGCAAGGCCCUGGUGGAGGACUUGACUGACAGCACAGUUGAUGCCAAGGCGGUUCCAUGCCACGUGCAAGGAGAGCAGCAGGAGACAGUCAUUGGCAGAGGUGCUUGGGAGCCAGGUGUUCACCUGGGGCCAGUGGAAGUCAAGCCUGAGUGGGGGAUGCCCUCUGGAGAAGGAGUUCAAGGCCUAGACCAGAGCACCGAAGAGCAGCUUCGUCAGGAUCCUGGAGGUGGGACGCAGGCCUUCCAGGAACAGGAAACCACCAGGAGCUAUGCAGCUGACAAGUGGAAAUAUUUACUAAGUGCACAAACUACAGCGCUGCCGAUUCUGCAGGUGGGUCCCAGCCUUCCCCCAGUGGGCACCAGACACCAAGUGAUGGGAGCUGGAUUCCUUGCAGUGGGGUCACAGGGGAUGGCGCCCUUUAAAGACAUGGCCUUGGCUUUCCCUGAGGAGGAGUGGAGGCACGUGACCCCAGCCCACAUUGACUGCUUUGGGGAAUACGUGGAACCGCAGGACUGUGGGAUUUCUCCAGGUGUUGGGAACAAGGAAAAGGAGGCAAAAUUACAGCAGGAAGACCUUAAAGGGGCGUUUGCUGGGCUGACUUCAGAGAGAUUUGGAGAAACAGCUGUCCAGGGGCCUGGCCUGGGACAGUCCUGUGACCAGGAGCCCAGGGGCUCUGGGAGUGGUCUGCCAGUGCUUCCUGCUUCCCAGCAUAGUGUCCCCGUGCCUGAUGACCUCAAAACCCACAGCUCCUUCUGGAAACCUUUCCAGUGCCCCGAAUGUGGCAAAGGCUUUAGCCGGAGCUCCAAUCUUGUCAGACACCAGCGAACUCACGAGGAGGAGAAGUCCUAUGGCUGCAUGGAGUGUGGAAAGGGCUUCACCCUAAGGGAGUACCUCAUGAAGCAUCAGAGGACCCACCUGGGAAAGAGGCCCUUUGUGUGUAAUGAGUGCUGGAAGACCUUUAGCCAGAGACACCACCUGGAGGUCCACCAGCGGAGCCACACGGGGGAAAAGCCCUACAAGUGUGGGGACUGCUGGAAGAGUUUCAGCCGCAGGCAGCACCUGCAGGUGCACCGGAGGACACACACUGGUGAGAAGCCCUACACAUGUGAGUGCGGCAAGAGCUUCAGCAGGAAUGCCAACCUGGCCGUGCAUCGGCGUGCCCACACUGGCGAGAAGCCGUAUGGGUGCCAGGUGUGCGGGAAGUGCUUCAGCAAGGGGGAGCGGCUGGUUCGGCACCAGAGGAUCCACACGGGUGAGAAGCCCUACCACUGCUUGGCCUGUGGGCGCAGCUUCAACCAGAGGUCCAUCCUCAACCGGCAUCAGAAGACCCAGCAUCGCCAGGAGCCCCCACUGCAGUGAAGGCACCCUGUGGAGGACAGCCCCUCCACAAAAGUGUCUUUCAUCUUAGGGAAGUGCUGGGGGUGUGCAGUGAUGGCUGUGGAAAGGCAGGCUGGCCCACUUUCUUUCCUUGUGCUAACAAACACAGGAAGAGAGCAAGGCCUGCUUUAUCCAGGGCUUUCAGAGGGCGCAGCUGCCCAUGCCUCCUGCCCUUAACCAUUUUUUGGUGAAACAGCAUCCUGAGCUUCAGGUCAGGCUGGGGGUUUUUCACCAUCAGUGGGGUGUUCAGAUCUACCUCUUAAACAAGUCCAGUAGUAAGGGCAAAAUUUUGUCACAAGUUGGCAGCUCCAAAGCUUGUUUUUCUGAGAGUUCCAUCCUGCCUGCAAGAUCAUUAGCUCAGGCCCCCCCCGCCCCCUGGCAUGCACCCAUUUUCCUCUUGUGCUCCUGGCACUGAGAAUACCAUGGUGAGUAAGACAGAUAAGACCUUGUUGUCAUGGAUCUUGGGGUAUAGGAGGAACCACAGACCUGAAGCAAUCAGUAACCCCAAAUAUUCCAGAGUGUGUUUAUGUUGUGGUCAGUGCCACUGGAGAAAAUCUUGUCAUGUGCUCUCAUUCUGCCAGCCUGCUUCCAUGCUAGAUCUCACCACCACUCUGUCCCACUUGGGGUCUUUUCUCAUGCAGCCUUGUUUAUUUUGCUUUAUUUGUAGCCUCCUUUAUCUCUGACUGUAUCAUUCCACCCUCAGGUGUAAUAUUUCCCCAUUCCAUUAUUCCUUGUACUAUAACAACUGUUAACACAUCAACCAUUAGGAAAUUAAUAUUUUGCUAUAGUCACUGAAUAAACACAAGAAUAUUUUUAAAGAAAUCUUCAA